GUUAGUAAAGUCAGCUGGAGUGUUUUAGAGUUGUGCAUGUGCAGCCCAUCUGACGCCGCAGUACGCAUGCAAGAGGCUACAGCACAUCACAUCUUCUGCAUAGAGCGGCACACACUACAACAGUCGCGCUCGGCAGAAAUGGGUUAAAUUCUGUGUGGUCGCCUGCAGCACCCAGAAGUGAACAGCAGGCGACCCGGAAGGCUUGGAGUCCGACCCAUCCAGCCUCAACGGGACUUCAUCCAUCCAUUAUCAAAAAAAAAAACAAAAAAAAAAAAAAACCUCUUUCCCGGACUGGUUCAGAAUGGCUGAACCUCGCUUUAACAGUCCAUACUUCUGGCCUCCACCUCCUGCAGUUCAUGGACAGCUGGAUAACCUAGUCUUGAUCAAUAAAAUCAAGGAACAGCUGAUGGCAGAGAAGACACGGCCUCCUCACCUGCCCCCCAUCUCUGAAGCGUCUCAGGCUCCUCUCCUGUCUCCGCCCACUCAGGUCGAAGGUCAUGGAACAUCCAAGAGCCAGACGCUGACCCCCAUCCUGCCUGGCCAUGGUGCCCCCCAGCCCGACAUUGCUCUGCAUGCCCGCCCAGCUGCCAGCUCUGUCACAGGGCGUAUUCUUGGAGAUGUGAAUUUGAACCUUGAUGAUAAGUCGGCCAUAAAAGCCAGAGGAUUAUGGGAGGACUGGCAUUUGAGACAACUCAUAGACCACCCCUCACGGACCAACCACGUAUCAGGUGUGGCUCUCGCUUCUCGGACAGGUAACCUCAACACCUCUGACAUCAUCAGCCCGACCACGCCCCCCUCUGGCACCCACAGUCGUUUGGGUGGGGCUUCAGGGGCCCACCUGAUCCCUGGGCUGGCCCCCGCUCACUGCAUGGAGCCUGGGAAGAACCCUGGAGGGCUGGUGGGACUGCUGGGCCCCCCUCCCAAAGUCGAGAGGGGGCACAAGAGGAUCAAAGCGGAGAAUGGUUCCUCUGUGUUUGUGGUGCCCUACCCCAUCUUAGCUUCAGGCAACGACCAGUCCUGUGUCACCAUCACAGCCAAAGAGGGGAGGACCUACAGGUGCAAAGUGUGUCCCAUGACCUACAUCUCAAAGUCAGACAUGCAGUUACACUCAAAGACGCACACCGAAGCCAAACCUCACAAAUGUUCACACUGCUCCAAAACCUUUGCUAACGCCUCCUACCUGUCCCAGCACCUGCGCAUCCACCUGGGUGUCAAACCCUACCGCUGCUCCUACUGCGAGAAGUGUUUCCGACAACUUUCCCAUCUGCAGCAACACACCAGAAUCCACACAGGAGACCGGCCCUACAAAUGCAUCCAUCCAGGGUGUGGCAAAGCAUUCACUCAGUUAUCAAAUCUCCAGUCACACCAGAGACAGCACAACAAAGACAAGCCCUUCAAAUGUUCGAACUGUUACCGUGCCUACUCAGACUCCGCCUCCCUGCAGAUCCAUCUGUCUGCCCACGCCAUUAAGAAUGCCAAAGCUUACUGCUGCAGCAUGUGUGGCCGCUCAUACACCUCAGAGACGUAUCUUAUGAAGCACAUGGCGAAGCACACAAUGGUUGAACACUUAGUUUCUCAUCACCACUCUCCCAUCCACCGGACAGAGUCUCCCUCCAUCCCCAUUCGCAUCGCCCUCAUCUGAGCCGACUCUUCUCUGGUAUAAGGCCUCAUCUGGACUAUGGCUGCACAAUAUAAUACAUAUUAACAACAGUUUAAAACAACUAACAGUUACAAAAGGAAUGAUCUUGAUAUUUUCCUCAUAGAUAUUUUAGCAAUCCAUCCUAAUUGUGCUAAAAUGUGUCUUGGUUAAGGUUGAAGUAUCGUACAUAGUGAAUGCACUGUGAAAUUAACUUAAAAGUAGCAGAAAUGCCACCUUGUAUUAAGUAAAGCUAUAAAGUAAAAGCUUAAAUUAACUUUACAUUUAUGAAGCAAUACAAUGCACUUGAUAUGAGAUAAAAUCUAAACAAAUCUGAACCAAAACUUAACCUGAAGUAUUUGUAAUAUAUUGUGCAGCUCUAAGAUUUCAUUGGCUCCAAAAACAUUCCGAGAUUUUACCAGUAACAAAGGGUGCUCUUUUAAUAUUUUACUUUCAUUUCUGUAUUUGUUGAAAAAUGGUGGUACUGGUGCGUGUCAAAUACUGUGGAAAAGUUAAGUGACUCACAGUAGUUUAAUCAAAAUGUGAAAGGUUGACUGCAGUAUAAAAAUUCAAUUCAGACUGAAAUGUAAGCUAUGUAUUUGUUUUGAGGAUGAUAGUGACUGUAAACAAUGAUUAUCAUAACUGUAUUUUUUAUCAUUUAACCAGAAGGGAUUUGAAGUCAAGGACUUCUUUGUGCUGGUUCGAAGCCUGGAUGAAUGGAUAGGGCUGCACCAGGAAUGACAUCCAGCAAAAACCUGCCAUUCAAAUAUAUGGGUCAGAGACUUUUCCACAAUAUUCCAGUCAUAUUAACUUUAACAUCCAAAGAUGAUUUGCAGCACUUUCUAGCCUGCAAAAACAGGCUUUAAACAUUUUAAUGUACAUUUGAAAAAAGUAAAAAAUGCCCAAGGCAGCUAGUAGAAUACUAACAUUUUGUGUCAUGAUAACUCUUUUUAUACUACCUGUUAUUAGUUAUUAAAUAUACUAUAUUUACAUAAAGAAGAAACGUCUUCCUCAAGCUGUGUAAAUGGCUUGAGAAAAGAGAAUGUACUGUUAAUGGUGUACAGAGUAUUGUACUAUAAGUAUAUAAUAGACACUUUUGGACUAAUUUACUAGUCAUUGCCAAAAUGCACACUUUAUUUUAUUGUUUUUACACUUUCAUUUUGUAUAUCUGAGGUACGUACAUGCACAAGUAAACUGACAAGUCUUAAAGGUCCUAUAUUAUGCAAACAUGACUCUUGAGAGCUUUAAGCCAUGUUAUAAUGUUAGUACCUCAUCAAAAACAUACCAGAAGUAGUGUUUUUCUUCAUUCAAACAUGAUUGAGUAACCCUGCAUUCUUAGUCUGUCUACAUUUCCAAUGAUCGAAAUGCUUUGUUCCACCUUGUGAUGUCCUGAAGCUGUAGUUUUCACCUUAACAGCUACCCUUUACUUCUAGUUCAGUAGAGAUGGGCAGUUCUAGGGCUGGAUUAGCUAGUUGAUAGUUGACUCUACUGAAGAUGUAUGGAGGUGGAGUGCUUUCCUGCAUUACCACAUGACCUCACAAGGUGGAACAUAUCCUCAACCUAAAUAUGCAGGGCAUCAAAACACAACUCCAGGUAUGAUUUUGAUGAGGAGACAAGAUUAUAACAUAGAUUUGAAAAUAGCAUAAUAUGGGCCCCUUAAUGUUGUCCUGUCAAUUUAAAACCUUAACGGUCCAUUCUAUGUCCUGAAAACGUCCUAAAGUCCACCAAGUGCACUAAACCAAUUAAUAUGAAUUGCCUUUUUUAGUUUAACAAGAUUAUGAUCAUUAGGUACACUAUAGCACUUAUGGAAAUGGAAAAGCUGAUAAUUAUUCAAAAUAUUUCCUGCCUCAGGCCCAAACAUGACCAAAUAAAUAUGUUAAAAUAGAUAACAACAAGAGACUGAAUGUAACAAGUCUACAUUACAAUGACAUGUUGUAUUCCAAUUCCAAAACUUCAUAUUAAUCAUCUUUAAAUGCUUUUUAGAUAGUGGAACUGUAUUUUUUUCAUGUCACACUUUUUUUGUCUUUUCUCAAAAUGUUAGAGAUUAUUUUGAGCUGUCUGAAUAUUUUUGUUUUAAAUUUGCCACUUCAGUAUUAAUAUUAAUCCUUAAUAUAAGCCUUACGUUUUCUACCAUUUUGUCCACUUUUUUUAAGUAGACUUUGACAUAUUACAUAGCAUGCUAUAGUGUAAAUACUUCAUAUCUGUUAUUGUUUUAUAAUAAAUAUUUAU